AUGUCGAUCGAGCAACACCCUACUCUUGAGAAGGAGAUCGGUACUGAGGCCGAGAGCAAUGGAGCUGCUCCCAUGAGGCACGAGAUGUCGGAGGAGGAAACUGCCAGAGCCGCGGCGCGCUUCGGAUAUGGUCCGAUGGCUCAUGUCAACACCGCCGAAGCCAACCUGCGUCCCUUCGGAGGAGAGUUCCAGCCUGGUCUUUACAAGUCGGUCGAAGGUCGCAAGUUCGCCAACCCAGCUCCCCUGGGUCUUUGCGCUUUCGCCCUCACCACUUUCGUCCUGAGCGCCAUCAACAUGGGAACUCGUGGUAUCUCUGCACCUAACAUUGUGGUUGGUCUGGCUUUCGGAUACGGUGGUCUCGUUCAGCUGCUUGCCGGCAUGUGGGAAAUGGCUGUCGGAAACACUUUUGGUGCCACUGCUUUGUCCUCUUAUGGUGGAUUCUGGAUCUCCUUCGCGAUCGUCUUGACUCCCGGUGGAUUCGACAUUGAGGGAGCGCUGAAGACAGCCGGCGGUAUCGAGGCGUUCUAUAACUCGAUGGGUCUAUUCCUGAUGGGCUGGUUCAUCUUCACCACCAUUAUGCUCUUCUGCACUCUGCGCUCCACUGUUGCCUUCUUCCUGCUGUUCUUUUUCCUGGACUUGACCUUCUUGCUCCUUGGUAUUGGAUACCUGCAACGCAACGUGAGCGACGAAGUCAACACCCCUAUCAUUAAGGCUGGUGGCUUCUUCGGCUUCUUGGCUGCUUUCGCUGCUUGGUACAACGCCUUGGCCGGUAUUGCCGACAGCAGUAACAGCUUCUUCAUCAUCCCUGUUGCCCACUUUCCCUGGUCUCCGACCGCUCGUUCUCGCCAGAAGACUGCUCGCGAGACUGUCUGA